UCUAUAGCUAUUUAUUAAUGCCCCCACUCUACUCCCUUUCUAUAUUUUCCGGCAACCAUGAGCCACCGGAAAGCAACUUUUUUAAUUUUCUUUGCCGUUUUCGCCUUCGCCGUAACAUGUCUAACCGACCAUGGAUCUUCUUACACACAAUCAACAUGUUUCCAAACAAACCAAGAUAACCAUGACACCCAAAUAACGUUGUUAAAAAACACAACGACUACUAGUCCACAUGUGAUGUUCCCACUACACCCGACAUCGGUCGAAACAUGUAGAAUAUGGUCCGAGGCUUGUUCGAAAGAGGUUUUAUCGAUAGCCAAAAGCUAUGAAAACGUAGAAUGGUUGAAAGUUAUUAGAAGGAAAAUACAUGAGAACCCUGAGCUAGCGUUUCAAGAAUUUGAAACGAGUGAACUUAUUCGAAAUGAGUUACGGAAAAUGGAUAUCGAGUUUCGAUUUCCAUUAGCCGUGACUGGAAUCCGAGCUACUAUCGGUACCGGUCAAUCUCCUUUUGUUGCAAUUAGAGCGGAUAUGGAUGCUUUGCCUAUUCAGGAAGCAGUUGAAUGGAAACAUAAAAGUAAAGUUGCGGGUAAAAUGCAUGCUUGUGGUCAUGAUGCACAUGUAACAAUGCUUCUUGGAGCCGCUAAGAUUUUAAAAUCUCGUGAACAUCUUCUCAAGGGAACUGUUGUACUAAUCUUUCAACCAGCAGAGGAAGCUGGAAAUGGUGCAAAAAGGAUGAUGGGAGAUGGAGCUCUAGAGAACGUAGAGGCGAUUUUUGCGGCCCAUGUAUCACACCAGCAUCCCACGGGUGUGAUCGGGUCAAGGCCCGGUCCUCUUCUUGCAGGCUGCGGCUUCUUUAAAGCCGUUAUUCAGGGUGGAAAGGGAAAUCCAGUUUUGGCUGCCUCAGCUGCUGUCAUAAGCUUACAAGGGAUUGUGUCGCGAGAAUCCAAUCCUCUUGAUUCUCAAGUGGUAUCCGUUACUGCGUUUAAUGGUGGCGAUGAUGUUGAUGUAAUGCGUAAUUUCGUCGUGCUAAAGGGAACUUUAAGAGCAUUCUCUAACGCUAGUUUUUACCAACUUAUUCGACGAAUAGAAGAGGUGAUCAUACAACAAGUGAGUGUUUUUAGUUGCUCAGCAACGGUGGACUUCUUCGAGAAUGAGUCAACUAUAUACCCACCAACGGUUAACGACGAUAAGAUGUAUGAACACGUAAGAAAGGUUGCAACAGAGUUGGUUGGUCCAUCGGGUUUCACUGUGGUACCACCAAUGAUGGGAGCAGAGGACUUUUCUUUUUACUCACAGGCCGUCCCUGCAGCAUUUUUUUAUAUCGGGAUAAUGAACGAGACAUUGGGUUCAACACACACGGGCCAUUCCCCUUAUUUCAUGAUAGAUGAAGAUGCCCUUCCUAUUGGGGCUGCUACUCAUGCUGCCAUUGCGGAAAGAUAUCUCAAUGAACGCACAUUAUUAUGAGUUUGGAAACCCGGUUUCUUGUUUGCCUUUUCAUAUAUAUAGUUUUUGAGAAGCAAAUAUGUAUAGAUCAAGAGAUAAAACUCAUAUAUCACAUAAUAGUUGUGUGUUUAUAUGCAGCUUAAUUAGUGACUGUUGUAUCUCUAGGGAUUUUUGCUCGGUGAGCAUAAUGUAUCCAUUGAUCUAGUCUGGUCUGAUAUAAUGUGAGUUUAUUUCUUCAAA